AUGCGGGUCCACGUUUUCCAUUCGAUAGUGGCUUUCGCGGCGGCGGCUUCAGCUAUUCUUAUCACGUACCCGCCAAAGGGAGCCAAGGUCGACUUGAGCCAGCCGUUAACGAUCAAAUGGGACGCGGUGGAAACCGACCCCCCUACAUUUGAUUUAUACCUCGUCAAUCAAGCGGUCAAUCCUAGUGUUACUACACUCAUAGCUGCCGAUGUUGACACCAACAAACAAUCCUACACUAUCUCAGCCAACGAGGCGGUUUUGGUCAACACUAAUACUGGAGGUGGUUAUCAGAUUGAUUUCAAGUCGAGCAAUAGCGGUGGUAUUCUUGCCCAGUCACCUCAAUUUAAGGUGACUGGCGAGACCUCGGAGUCUUCAUCUGCUUCUAGCUCUGACCUCAACCUACACAAGAUCUUCAACGCGGAUUUCGAGGUCCACAAUGUCGACGUUGUCAAGCUAUUGGACUCGAACUUACACCACACACUCCUCCUCUUCUGUGACUUUAUCUACCAUGACUUCUACAAUGACGCCCAGCUCUACGAGAUCAUCGUCUACCACUCCGAGAUCUACGAGUACGUCGACUAUUAUGAGUUCUACAACUACUUCUACGUCUACCGAGAAGACCACAUCCACUAUUCGACAUACUAA